AUGUUGGAGCCAGGAAAAACUCCUCUUGUAACGCCCUCGGCUUCUCCGCCGGUAUCGAGGAAGGCGAGCACCUCGACCUUGCGAAGCAAAUUAACGUCGAGUUCACCCACAAAACGUCAGCGCCUCUCAUCGUCGCGCACACCGUCUGUUGCAAAUACCCGGGAAGGCACAAAUAUCGAGGAUGUAGAGCAAGAACGAGGAGAGUCUGUCAUGCGACUGAUGAAUACCUGGGCACAGCUAGAAGAGAGAUACGCAAGACCUAUUGAAGAAGAUGAUAUUGUUGACCUGAUGACGGGAAGAGUUGUGAAAGAUCGAGGAGUAUUGAGGAAUUUGGACGGUCGUUGGGACUUUGGGAGAUUUGCGGAUGAUAUUCAGGAUAAAGGAGGUAAUAGCCGAACGCCCAGCAGGGCUGGUACUGUCGCCGGCGUCGAGGAGACGGGAACAAACAAUAAUGAAGAUGAAGGAAGUGAAGAUGAACUUGAUUCAUUCGCACAUCUGCGCAAACCUUCGGAAAGGCGUGAGGAACCGGUGAUACAUGACAAGGAAGGAGACGAAAGUGAAUCGGUCAUUCAGGACGAAGAUGAAGACGAACAAGACAUCAUUCCUUUCAUAACUCCUUCAACGCGAGUGGACGCGUUGAAUCCCGAUGAUCCUAAAGAUGCCGCAGAUCUGAAACAAUUCUUAGAAGCAGAAAAGCAAAGAAGGGAACUCUAUGGCUCUGAAGGCGAAGACGGCGAGACAGACGAGCAAAGUAUUAUGGGUGAUACCUCGUCUGUUUACGAUGAGGUACACACCGAUGCGACUCGACAGGACGGAAGCGACGGCGAUGGAGAAGAGCCUGAUGCGCGACCUUCAUCUACCGUUCUACGAGAAUCUGUGGAUGAGCUGGCCAUCCAGGGCGAGGAACUUGAAACGCCCUCCCAUAGACACAGUUCUGCGGUUGAACCUUCUACUUCCUCUGCAACACAUCCUCUAACUGCUCUUCUGGUGAAGAACUGGGACCCACCCUCCGCGGCCGCUUCACAACCGAAACGCAAAGAAGGAGUAGCAGUUACUAAAGUGGUCGACAUCAGGCAGACCAAUGUUACCAAAGUCCGCCAGUUGCAAACCCCUCCGCGAUCUAAUACAUCAGGCCCUUCUCCAUUUUCAUAUCGAGGCGAUGACCGCGAAAGUUACUAUGAUUACAUAGUUCCCACAUCAGAACCUUCCCUGGGCACCGGGGAUUCUUUACCAGUCCCUUCUUCUCCUUUGCCUCCGUCCUCUCCUUUGCCUCCUUCAUCGCCACCACUUCCUUCCUCUCCGUUACUUCCUUCUCCAUCUCCUCCAUCUUCUCCUUUUUUUGCCCUUAGCCGCCCUACUACUUCAACUCGUACACGCACCGAAUUACCAUCAUCCUCGUCCCCUCCUUCUUCUCCCAGUAAACGGGGGCAUCAAUCUAGCACGUCCAGAUCCAGGCCUUCUAAGCCGGUCUAUAAAACAGUGCAGGCAGUCCGAGAAGGGAAGACGAGAGAGGUACCGAUUGUACUCAUUCAGAAGCAACCACCUCGGAUCCGUACUCCAGUUGCGGCUGCUCGUUGUGCACCCGAAUCGGGUACAGAAGAAGAAGAAUGGGAACCUGCCCCAUCUUUUCCGAGGGUUGACUUGGCUCAGGCUGUUGCCACAGCGAACACAGCACGGAAGCAAAGAAAUACGACAUCCAAAUCCUCAACGCCUUUUGCUUCUCAACGCGAUUCUUCGAGUCAAAAAGGUAAAGAUCGAGAGAGGACGCCUUCGCCUGUAGCCUCGACAUCAAGCCAGAUACAAUCUCGGCAACAGAGUAGAAACUCGAGUGACCUGAGCUCACCGAGCAAGGAAAGUUCCAAUUCGGACGGCGGAAUCGCAAAGAAAACAUGGCCUCGUUCCGAACCAAUACCUCGAGCAACGGACGUCAACGUGAGCAAAGGAGAUCUAUCCGACUCGAGAUCUGUGCAGAAAGGAAAAUGGAAGGGGAAAGCAAAAGAGGUGGUCACAUCCUCAACCCCGAUGAAACCAACUGCAGCCGACCGUAAUGAGAAGAAAAGAAAGAGAAGGAAAUCCUCGUUAUCAUCCAGCGACGAGGAAGCACCACAUGAUUCCAAGUCACAACAAGGAUCUUCAACUGGACUGCGGAGACACAGGAUGGCUAGUGGAAGUGACAGAUCGGUUGAACGAAGCGAUGACCCUUACAUGGACCGUAGGCGUGAUCGCUCAUCUUCGAGACGCCCACCUAAACAGCGGAUCAAAGCUGAGCAUCGUUUCUUCAGUGAUGAGGAUGAAGAAGAUGCCAAACGAGAAUCAGGAACUUUGGAUAACAAACGACGAGCUCAGUCCUACCAUGAUCUUGUGGACCACUACCCGCCACACUAUUAUGACCCAGACCUACACCCCUCAUCUAACCCUCUCUAUGACCCUAGGGCUCAGUCGAUUUUGUCGACUGCACUUCACCAACUUACCGCUCUAUUCAGUGGGGGGGUACCUUCUUGGCCACCACCACCACCACCUGUUGUAUAUGGGGACAUCCAUUCCAGUGCUGAGGACGAUAAAACUCGCAGUCGUUCCCAGAAUGCAAAAAUUUCAAGUUCGGGUCAACAUUCACGUUCACGAUCGGUAUCGAGAUUUCAACCUCAAACACAACCAUUAUUCUACCCUCCCGUUUAUCAACGAGCGCAAUCGCACCGUCCAAGUGAACAUCGACGUCCGCCGUACUCAGAACAUCCGCAUUCCACUCAACAUCAACAUCAUCGAUGGCAACAGGAUCAGCGCUAUGCUUCCACACCCACACAUCGUUCUCAUCCAUACCCAAAUUCUUAUGACCCUUCGGAUUGGAGCAAGGGGACGUUACCACCCUCUUCGUCUUCUCCUGAACCUGAGGACGAGAGCAAAGGACACGGGGAACAGGAACGCCUGCCACCACAUCACUCGAGAUCCAAAUCCCGACAAGGGGUGCGUUCUGAUUAUGACCAUGAUAAGCCGCCACCACCCAGACCACCGAGGUCGAGUUCGUUAGUAGGUAGGGGUCGUGCGAGAGGGAGGAGAGUGUCGUUUGGACAUGUGGAACAUAUUGGCGUUGGUGAUGAUGUGUUUGACGGGUAUGACGAUCGUGAAGAUGAAAGAGAGGAAGAGAGGGACUCCUCUUCCUCGACUUCAAAAGGUCGACGUGCGUAUCGUCAAGCUACCCCAGGGGCUCCGCAUCCGUCGUCCGGACAGGAACUCCAGGAAACUCAAGAUCACGUUCGUGGCGUUAAACGGAGCAAAAGCAGAGAGAUGACAACGAAGGCUGUCACUGCUCCGCCCCCACCGCCAACUCCAGCAAACGAUGUCAUUGAACUCACAGAUUCCGAGUCUGACGGUGAUCAGAAGGAGAUUUCGUCGUACGUGAGAGGGCGCCAAACAACUCGAGCACAAACUCCAGCACCGGAAGACUCAGCCAAUAGGAGGGGUCGGGGUCGUGCAAAACGAUGACGUUGUGUUUGAUCUUAUGCUUAUUACAUUCAUUUCGCGUUCGGCCGUCUUUUUGCUGUUGUCAAUAUCUGCCCUUUUUGUGCCUAUUACAACCGAAGACGGAUAUUCUAUCCAUCCCCCUCGAACCCAGUGGAUGCCAGGAUAUGCAUCGUAGAGCAUUAUCGGAAACUGUGACGACAGAAUGCGUAAUUGUCGAGAAUUGGAAUUACGAGUAGUGAAGCCAUCGAUGCCGUUGGAUAGUAUUAAAUGCAAGUCGACAGAUGCUUGUGGGCCAAGUAGAUUCUUAUUCAGGGUGCCGAAUUCAACGAAGCUUGCUUGAAGCCCAAUGAAAUCGACAAUAGGGGCGUUCAAAUUUCAAACUUCUUUAGGCAUUUUAGUCUCACAGUUAUCUAUCUAUCAGUUCGUCGCCAG